CUUCCGUAGUUGUUUGUUAUCGUGACUGAAAUAUUUCUGCAACAACCAACAUGAAGCUGCAGCACGACAGGCGUCAGGUUUUCAUCUGCAUCGGAACUUAACCGAGCUGAAGCAGAACAACAAAGCUCGUUUUAUUUAUAUUCUUUGUCUCCCUGUUAAGCGAAUGACUGCUGACUUUAGUGGAUAAGAGCGAUGCUGCGGUGGAUCCUCGGUGGUCGUGAAGCGCAGAGCGCCGUGGAGAAAAGCUCUGCGCUGUGCAUCGGAGAGGAACAGCCCCGAAACUGCUUCACUGAGCUGCAGGUGCUGAAAGGACAUUUUGACAUCGUUCGAUUUCUGGUGCAGAUUGAUGACUUCAGAUGUGCCUCGGCGGGGGACGAUGGCCUCGUUUUGGUCUGGAAUGUUGAGACUGGAGAGAGGCUGCAGGAGCUCAGAGGCCACUCCCAGCAAAUUACAGCCAUAACCACCUUCACCUGCAGUAACGAGGUCACUUUGCACACGUCGCUCAUCACCGCCUCUUCAGACCGAAGUGUCAGUCUGUGGGAUCCUGAUACAGGAAACAGGGUUCAGACCAUCUCAGAUCUUCAGUCCUCUGUAAAGUGUUUGCUGGUGCUGGAGCGGCUGUGUUUGUGGAUAUCUGGCGGGGAAGAGCUGUGCGUGUGGAGCAAACACUUUCAGCUGCAGUGUCACAAACAGAACCAGAGCGACACCGGAAUAACCGCUCUGAUAGAGCUGCCCAAGAACUGCAUCGCAGCAGCGAUGGAUAAAGAGAUCGUGAUCUACAGGUUGACGAUCUCCACCGAUUCCUCUGCAUCAGUGGCUCAGAUCUGCUCUCUGUCCAACCAUCAAGACCAGAUUCGAGCUCUUAUUAAUGUUAAUGAUGGGCUUUUUGCCAGCGGCUCCCACGCAGGCGAGUUGAUCUUGUGGGACGCGAUCGACUGGAACGUUCUGGCUUACGAACACAUCCUGUGGGAGGAAUCCCAGACGGGCAGUCAGACCGAGAUACGACUGGGCGCCCCCAAACCCAGUGAGAUGUCCAUCCAGUACCUGACCACCAAUGGGAAGCUCAUCCUGGCAGCGGUGGGCAGUGGCUUGUAUGUGUACGAUGUUGUGACCAAAGCCGUGGUGGCCUACAGGAAGGCUGCCCACGACUCCAACGUGCUGCACACCAUGCUGCUCUCCGACAGUGAACUGAUGUCGUGCUCUGAGGACGGCAGUGUGAGGAUGUGGGAGAUCCAGGACUUGCCUUUACCUGCUGAACCAGCCUCUGCAGGCUUCUUUGGGAUGUGGACUUUUGGCCGCGCACACAAACAGUCUGGUCCUCAGUCGAAGAAGGUCGUAGACAUCCCCAACUUGAGGAUGCUGGAACUGACAGGAGAUCUGAUUGGCCACUCUGGUGCGGUGCAGAUGUUUGUCAGCUUCAAGGAAAACGGUUUGGUGACCUGCUCGACGGACCAGCUGCUGAUUCUGUGGAAGAACGGAGAGCGGCAAUCCCGUCUGCGCAGCCUGGCGCUUUUCCAGAAAUUGGAGGAAAACGGAGGACUUUAAUCUGUAACCGUCCGCCUUGCAGCAGGAAGUGGUGCGAGGCUGAUGCUGGAUGUUGCUUUUCUGACUGCUGUUUACAUUUAAUGAUAAAGUAAUUUACACUGUCAUUUGCCUUUUGACUGAAAAAAGCUAUUAAAGAUGGAAAAGAACUACAUAUGUAUUUAUGUUUCUUCUCCGAAAUAGAAAAAUGGUCUUUAUUGUCUUUAUUUUCAUCCCUCCAAAACCUGUCUGUUGUGGUCCAUGUGUCCUAAUCCAUUCCUGGUGCUAUUAAAUACAGAU